AUGAUUCCACUAAUUGACCAACUUGACGUCGCUAAUACCUUCAUCAUUGCUAUAAAAGUUGCUGAACUAAGAAAAGUAAAAUAUAAUAGGAAUCCAGAAUGGCCACCACAUUCAAAGCCUG